GGUCUUGCAUAUGCAGGCUCAAAUCGUGAUGAUGUUCUGACCCUGUUACUUCCAGUCAUGGGGGACUCAAAGUCCAGUAUGGAGGUAGUUGGGGUAACAGCUUUAGCAUGUGGCAUGAUUGCUGUCGGAUCCUGCAAUGGGGAUGUGACAUCCACAAUUCUGCAAACAAUCAUGGAGAAAUCGGAGCAGGAGUUGAAAGACACAUUUGCUCGUUGGUUGCCCCUUGGUUUGGGACUUAACCAUCUAGGAAAGGGAGAGGCUAUUGAAGCAAUUCUAGCUGCACUAGAGGUUGUGUCUGAGCCAUUCCGCAGUUUUGCCAACGCACUUGUGGAUAUAUGUGCAUAUGCAGGUUCUGGUAAUGUUUUAAAAGUUCAGCAACUUCUCCACAUCUGCAGUGAGCACUAUGACUCCUCUAAGAGAAGGAGGAGGAAAAGAAAGACAAGAAGGAUAAGAAGAGAGUGUGGCUGAUAUGGGA